GUACAUGUAGUUGGUCCUUUCCGUUCGUCUGCAUUGUUAAGAACCUUGUUCUCUGCCUUCACUCUGUUAUAGUCCCGUUGUACAGGGUAGUACUAAAAUGCAUUAUCGUAUUUCGCUCCUGAAUAUCGUUCCUUUUCUUAUCGCCGUGUGUUCUGUUGAAUCGGCAUUUAAGCACCGUGUGGAACCAAAAUGUCCAGAGUCGUCGAAGGAGUGUGUCUUUCACCUGCACGUGAGCUAUAUUAUGAGUAUGGUCUCAUAUAACUGGACGAUAGAUGAAGGAAAUCCAGUUGAAUUUAAGAAUGGGACAUUCUACGGGAAACUUUCGGAUGGUAUGGGGUCCGGGGCACAUUACUGUGAAGAGAAAAAAAUUACAUAUGAAGAAAUGCAGGAAGUUAUAACGGCUGAUGGCAACUACAAAUUUAUGUACAGUAUAAACAAACAGUUUCCGGCACCAACUCUGGCUGUGUAUGAAAAUCAAAAAGUGGAGAUCCAAGUUCAUAAUGAUAUGGUAAACGAGGCAGUGACGUUUCAUUGGCACGGGAUGUUCCAGAACGGCACUCCUUGGAUGGAUGGUGUAUCCAUGGUUACACAAUGUCCUAUACUUCCGGGGCAGAUGUUUACUUACGAAUUCCGGGCGAAUCCUCGAGGAACUCACUGGUACCACGCCCACCAUGGCGCUAUGAGGACAUCCGGCCUGGCUGGAGCCUUUAUUGUACUUCCGAAAAAGGGAACUGAGAGAAAAGAUAUUGCUAGAAUUGAUAACGAUGUUGUGUUCAUCAUCCAAGAUUGGGACUCCCAGAAUAGUGACGUAGAACAUGUGGAAAAACAGUAUUGGUACAUGCAACCGUUUAUAGGAAACAUGCGUGCUGACUACUGUGGUGGGUCGAUGCGUACUUAUGAUGGCAGCAUGUCGCCUUUAUCUCAUCCGUUCGCUAAUGCCUUAGUAAACGGAAGGACAAAAUACUUUUCUGACGACAGUUCUGAGAACCAACGGGCUGUACCUUUUGAAGUUUUCAAUGUAUCUCACAACACCAACACAAGAUUACGUAUGAUCAACUCUGGCAUGAACGGAGAAUACAAGAUUUCCAUCGACAAGCACAAACUCUUACUGAUUGGGACGGAUGGCGGUGAUCUGGCGCCUGUUUGGAUAGACUACAUCGUCAUUAAUCCAGGGGAAACCUAUGACGUCAUCCUGUAUGCAAAUUCAACCUCUGAUAAUUACUGGAUACGACUAGAAACAACGGAAGUCAUGGAUUUCUCCUAUAAUCCCAGAAAGCCUAAUGUGAGCUUUGCAGUGCUUCAUUAUAACGAGGCUGGAGAUGAGCUUCCAGAGUCUGAAGCGAGGGAAUGCACAGAGUCAAAUCCAUGUGUAAUGGCUAAUUGCCACUGGAGACCUGAAUCAGUAGUUAAACGGGAGGCCUACGUCGAGUGUCUUUCUGUAGUGGAUCUGAGGGCCGCUGCACCUGAAACUCCGAAGGAACCUAAGUCUGAUCCAACAUCACAUGAAGAUUUCCAGGAAGUGUUCCUAAACUUUCACUUUACAGGAAGUGAUCUGAUGCGCAGAAGGCCGGCGGUGAACACCAUUCAUUACCAAAGUCCUCCAAUGCCUCUUCAGGUUUUCCCAAAUGUUGUGAACGAUAAAAGUAUUGUAUGUAACAACCAGAAUAUGGAGGACUGUGGACAUUACUGUCGCUGUACCCACGUGGUUAAGCUGGCCACGAAGAAGGUCACGCAGCUUGUCCUCAUGGCUGAGGACGGAUCUGAUAAAGGAACAUCGCAUCCUGUUCAUCUGCAUGGAAACCGUUUCCAGGUUCUGAAAUAUGGCUUUCCUGUUGUAAAUAAGACAGAUGGACUUUUACAAGGCCCAAACCAGGAUAUAGAAUAUUCACAUAACUAUAGAACUGCAAAAUGGCACGAUUCGAGUUGGAAUCACGGAAACGUCCCAGAUAUGAUUAAAGAAAACCCUCCCCACAAAGACACCAUAGUUGUCCCUAACAGAGGUUACGUCCUUCUCAGGCUGAAAACUGACAAUCCAGGAUUUUGGAUCAUGCAUUGUCACCUUGAAACACACAUGAACAUGGGAAUGGCUGUAGUUUUGCAAGUAGGAGAACCAGACGAAAUGCCAAAUUAUCCCCAGAAUUUUCCGAAGUGUUCUAACUUCCUUGUGAAAUCCGACAAGAAUCCUGCUUCAGAAUCCGAUGAUUCGGGAUCUUCCAAAGAAAACGACGAAUUCAUAGAGCUACCAGCUGCAAGUGGAACCUCAACCCUAAGCAACAGGGGAAGCCAUCAUGACGAUGACCAGUACGCCUUUGAUAUCGCCUACACGUGGUUUUCCGUAAUGAUCAUCGCAAUGGUCGUCUUUGUCUUCGUUAUCCUCAUUCUGACCUUGGUACUCAUCAAUAAACAUUGCGGUUGGACUAACAUUCGGGUCAGACGCCGGGGAUACGAUGAAAUUGGAAAAGAACCACACGUGGUAUAUUCAAAAUGAAGCAGCUCAAGCAUAGAUUUAAGAUUGUUCUUACCUCACUUAAUCAUAUCAAAAGUAUUAAUGGAGCUAGUGUACUUUGUAAACACACGUCACGUUGUGAUGAAAUUUUGUUCAGAUUCUGAUAAUAGUACGUCAUAAAGUAACAACUAGUACUACGUGUAAUUAUUGAAAUUCAUAUUGAUUUGUGUCUCUUCUUUAUCUCUUUUCUAUUUAUUUUGUAUUGCUUAUGGGAUUUAUGAGAUUGAUAACUGUUCGUUAUCUUCACCUUUCAUAGUGCAUUCCGAAGGCGUGACUGCAACCACUGUCACAUUACAUAACUAAAACCACCCUGGAAUGAUUAGUCCAUGUCUUUUAUAGAUACUAAUACUCACCGGCUAUGAUGUAACAUGUAGCUGUAUAUACCAUACGUCGUCUUUUCAUCAUUAUACUUGGAUAAUGUAUUUUCCCCAAUUUAUUGAUUAAGAAGUACAGUUUUGAUUAUACAUGUUUGUACUUUCCUUAAUUCUCUUGUUCUUCCUGUGUAUCGUUGAUCAUUUUAUUUUGUUGGUUUACCAGAACUAUGGAAACAACAACAAAAUCAGGGCGUUAAAAUGAAAACAAAAAUAUUCUGAGUGUACACACGGUAAUUUUGAUGAUGCAGAGACAUAAUCAACGUCUGAAAAUCCACUCACCAAACCUAGAUUAUAUCAUUGAUGGACUAAAUAGCAUGAAUGGUUGCUACAAUUGUCACUGUGUUAAAGGGGAUAGGAAAAAUUAUGUUGAUAGAGAGUAAAACCAUGUGGUUAUAGUUUGUUACAUGUACAUGUAAGGUUUCGCCACGUCUUAAGAAUCAGAGAGAGAGAGAGAGAGAGAGAGAUCGAUCUCCAUACAAGUAAUAGCCUAAUAAAAAUAUCACAAAGGCGUUUGGGUAAUUGAUUGAUUUAUUGAAUAUUGUUUACCGUCCUUCUCCGAAAAUAUUUCACUCAUAUGGAGUCGUCACCACUUACGGAGAAGGGCUGCAAAAUUUAGGCUUAUGCUCGGCGCUCAUGGCCAUUGAGCAGGGAGGGAUCUGUAUGGUACCACACCUGCUGUGACACGGAUCCUCGGUUUUUGCGGUCUCAUCCGUAGGACCGCCCCAUUUAGUCGCCUCGAACAACAAGCAAGGGGGUACUGAGUACCUAUUCUAACCCGGAUCCCCACGGGAUUUCGGUAAAUGAUGAGAAUAUACAUAUAUUGGUAUAUUAUGAUACAGCUACAUGUAUUGCUGUUUUCAGGAUUAUUUUUUUUUUUACAUCAUAGAGUAUACUAAGUCAACUUCGUGAUGUGUGUGGGUGUUACAAUAACGAUCACAUAUGUAUGUAUAAUAUUACAUUUGUACAAAACAUUCAUGUCUUACUUGCAAAUGAAGACGAAACUUAGGAUACAGGGCAUUACACGGUGUAUAUGUAUAUAAUGAAAUAAAUGAAAUUAUCGCAAACAUA